CCCCCCCCCCCUAACACAACACAAGAGAACAAAAACAAAAGAAAACCCUCGCACAAAAAACCCUCCACCUGCAGUCCUCCCGCGCCGCAAUCCUUCCAUGGCGGCGGAAGCUGCGCCGCCGUCGGCCACAGGAGCAAACCCUGGCCGCAGCCCGAAGAGGAAGCGGAAGCCCAAGCCCAAAGCGGCCGGCCCCUCCGCCCUGAACCCUAACUGGGCGCAGCUCCAGUCCAAGCUCCCCCAGCGCCCCGCCGCCACCCACCUCGGCAAGCGCAAGCACGACGCCGGCCCUCCGACGCUGCCUCCCGCGUCGAAGGAGCCGUCUCCUCCCGCGGAAGCGGAGGUCAAGCUCGAGCCGACCUCCGACGACGUCAGCUUGACGAAGGCGGUGGCGAUUGACUGCGAGAUGGUUGGGGUAGGUUCCGACGGCAGCAAGAGCGCCCUCGGCAGGGUCACCUUGGUUAAUUCCUUUGGCAAUGUAGUGUAUGAUGAAUAUGUUCGAACAGUGGAGCGAAUUGUGGACUACCGUACCCGUAUUAGUGGGAUUAGACCCAAACACAUGAAUAAAGCCAAAGAAUUCUGGGUUGUGCAGAAGGAGGUAGCUGAGCUGAUUAAAGGAAGAAUUCUUGUUGGGCAUGCACUGCACAAUGAUCUUAAGGUUUUGCUACUAAGCCACCCAAAGAAGGACAUUCGGGAUACAUCAGAAUAUGAGAUUUUCCGAAGGGAGAGGAAGCGGCGAUCGUUGAGGGAUCUUGCUGCUGAAGUACUUGGUGCAAAAAUACAGCAGAAUGAACACUGCCCAAUUGAAGAUGCCCGAGCUGCGAUGUUGAUUUACAACAAGCACAAGAAAGCGUGGGAGAAGAACAUGAAAGAACAAUUCAGGUUCAAAAAGAAGCUCAAGAAGCGAGGCAAGAAGAAACCUGCUGAGUCCAAUGCGAGUGACCCCAAUGUCCCCACUGUUCUUCUAUAAAGACUAGCAAAAGAUACCCAGGAACCUGUGUGAACCAUUUCCCUAGAAGUCUUUCACUCUGACAAUGGGUAUGGAUAUGAUAAAUCCUACUGGAACUUUAGCUCAAGUCAGUAUCUAACCAUUAAAUUUUCAGAGAAUACUUGGUGCCAGUGUCGUGAUUCCAAUCGAUGAUUCAUAGUUCUCUGUGUAGCAUUUUUACUAGGGAAACAGUAUUUGUAAUGAAAAUUUUGUAGCUCAACAUUCAUGUAUUGUAAAUUCACAUUUGCAUUCGGGUUUUGUAACAAACAAUUUCACUAUCAA